AUGAGCCUUACAAACAAAGACAAUGUUUUUAGUACUAAUGGCCUUCUCACUUUUGAAAAUGGAGACUCAUCUUAUACACCGCCACGGUCGUCAACUAACCCUCAUAUAGCGCCAUACUGGACGGAUUUAUAUCCACUAGGUAGCAACGGAGGAUAUGUAUACUACAAAACCUAUAAUGACUUUACAACACUUAAUAAGGCCACAUCUGAUGUCCGACAGUUUGGUGGAAUGCCUUUAUCUUCCUUCCAGGCAAAAUGGGUUUUGGUUGUGACGUGGAGUAGAACACCGUUUUUUCCCAACACCAAUGGUCCUACGGUUACUGUCCAGUGUGUCCUGAUAACGGAUCAUGUCUCUACAUACACCAUUUUUCACUACAUCGAUGUAAACAUUAUCAAUCAAGGGCACAAUAUCAGAAUAGGAUUCUAUAACGGUUCACCCUUCGACAAUCCAUACUCAUUUACCGACAAUGCAUAUAAAAUGAGUCAAAUCGUGGGAAACACAGGAUUAAAUCGUGUUUGGUUUUACACAGUAGCGGCAGAUGGGAAUGACUGUGCCUCGGGACCCUGUGUUCAUGGUUCUUGUGUUGACUUGUACGGAGAUUUUAGAUGUAACUGCCCGGCUGGCUUUACUGGGAAAAGAUGCGAUAUGGAUAUAAAUGAAUGUCUGACCUAUCCAUGUGAUAAGGGGACGUGUCACAAUACCAAGGGGAGUUACUCCUGUUCUUGCCAAGUAGGAUGGACGGGACAACACUGUGAAAACGACAUUAAUGAGUGUACGUCAUCACCAUGCCAAAAUGGCGGAAGCUGUGUAAAUAACCAGGGAUCCUUUUCUUGCAUCUGUGCAGCCGGCUGGACAGGACCGAUCUGUGAAGUAGAUGUUAAUGAAUGUAAUGCACAGCCCUGUUAUCAUGGACAGUGUCAUAAUUCCGAUGGAAGUUAUAAAUGUGCAUGUGAAAUGGGGUGGAUGGGAAAACAUUGCAAUAUAGAUAUAAAUGAAUGCUUAUCCGUCGGUAUCUGUAAUCAUGGGACAUGUGUAAAUACAGAUGGUUCUUUCUACUGCCAUUGUCUUAACGGGUGGAGCGGUCAGAAUUGCAAUCAAGAUAUUGAUGAGUGUGCAACAUCAUCGCCAUGUUGCAAUGGAGGAAGCUGCGUGAACAACCCAGGGUCGUUUUCCUGCAACUGUGUCAGUGGAUGGACUGGGUCAGUCUGUGAAAAAGAUGUUGAUGAAUGUGACAGCACAACAUGUAAUAACGACGGAGUUUGCUACAAUGUUCCCGGAAGUUACUUCUGCCAGUGUCAUCACGGUUAUACGGGAAAUCUUUGUAAUACAGACGUAGAUGAAUGUAGGACAUCUCUAAUCUGCCACAAUGGGGGUAUCUGUAUAAAUCAGCAAGGUUUUUCUACGUGUAAAUGUGACAGCAGACAAGGGUAUAUCGGACGUCACUGUAAAGAAGAUAUCCAAGAAUGUGGUCUUGAAAUCACUCCCUGUCUGAAUAACGGGUCAUGCAGUAAUACCCAUGGCUCGUUCAACUGUACGUGUGGACAUCAUUGGAAGGGAGAAUUUUGUCAGAAUGAAAGAAAUGCAUGCAGUGACUCUCCAUGCAAAAAUGGUGGGGUCUGUGAAUUAAUAAAUGACACAUUCGUAUGCCACUGUCCUCAGGGUUAUAAAGGAGAUAUGUGUGAAACAGUCCUCCCUGCCUGCUUUUAUGAUCCAUGUUGGAACAAUGGAACUUGUCAUGACACUAAUGGAAGUGCCACCUGUGGUUGUUCCCCUGGAUUUACGGGACAAUACUGUACAAAUGACAUAAACGAGUGUUUGUCUUCUCCCUGCAUUAACAACAGUCUAUGUGUCAACACAGCUGGAAAUUUUGUAUGCGUCUGCCAGGCAGGAUACAGAGGCAGACUUUGUGAUUUAGGUCCCUGUGAUGUUGUAAACUGUCAAAACAAUGGCACCUGUGUUGUCCAUGGAUCCUCAACAGCAUGUCUGUGUUCGCCUGGAUUUACAGGAGUAAAUUGUGACCAAGAAAUUAAUGAAUGUGAUUUGGUACCAUGUGCAGAAAAUUACACAUGCAACAAUACACUUGGUGGUUUUGAGUGUAUACACUGCAAUGGUUCUAUUGAAAACUGCACAACUGAUAUUAAUGAAUGUGAUUUGGAACCAUGUGCAGAAAAUUACACAUGCAACAAUACACUUGGUGGUUUUGAAUGUAUACAUUGCAAUGAUUCGUUUGAAAACUGCACAACUGUUGGAAUGGAUGCUUGCAGCAAUUCUUGCCAAAAUGAUGGUCUGUGUUUGGGCAGUCAAGGCAAUAACAAUUCCUCCACAUGCCUGUGUAGACUAGGGUGGACGGGGAAUAACUGUGAAUCAGCUAUUGACUUCUGUGAGAACAUUACUUGUCAAAACAAUGGAUCUUGUCAAUCUGCACUCGGCAACUUCACUUGUGUUUGUUUACCUGGAUUCAGAGGAGAAUUUUGUGAAGCAGAUAUUGAUGAAUGUAUGUUUGAACCGUGUUUCAACAAUGGGAACUGCACAAAUGUUAAUGGAAGCUACGUGUGUUCCUGUACAGAUGAGUUCAAAGGUUCACAAUGUGACCUAGAAGUCGAUCAGUGUAUUUCAUCUCCAUGCAAAAAUAAUGCUACAUGCACACCAGAAUAUGGAUCAUUUUCCUGUAAUUGCAAUUAUGGCUGGACUGGGAGCACGUGUCAACAAGAUGUAAAUGAAUGUUUGGGAAAUCCCUGCUAUGGUAAUAGCACCUGUGAAAAUAUUGCCAGCUCGUACCUUUGUCACUGUCCAUUGGAGAGAACGGGGAGAAACUGUGAACUAGACUAUGAUGAGUGUCUGUCUAAUCCAUGUCAUCACGGAAUCUGUAUAAAUCUUUAUGGAGGAUUUACUUGUGUUUGUGAGAAAGGAUUUAAUGGGACCCUUUGCAAUGAAGAUAUCGACGAAUGCAAAGAGAAUCCAUGCAGCAAUAAUGGGACAUGCAUCAACUCGGAGGGAAGUUAUCAUUGUUACUGUGGUACACAAUGGACGGGAGACAAAUGUCAGACAGAUAUUAACGAGUGUUCUUUGAUUGGAUGUAGAAAUAAUGGAACUUGUAUUAACACCGACGGUUCCUUCCGAUGCAAAUGUAACAGUUUCUACACAGGGAUUUAUUGCGAUGAAGAUGUAAAUGAAUGUGUAACGCAACCUGAAAUUUGUAAAAAUGGAGGAACAUGUGAAAAUCUCUGUGGAAGCUACAAAUGUCAUUGUACUGAGGGGAACGCCGGAUACAACUGUGAUGGGGAUGUUAAUGAGUGCUUAGAAUGGAUUGAUCCAUGUAAACAUGGAGGGCUUUGUACUAAUACCAAAGGUUCAUUUAAUUGUAACUGUACUUCAAACUGGACCGGAAGUACCUGCCAGGAUGAUGUAAACGAAUGCAGGUACUUACCAUCAUUAUGUCAACACAACGGAGCAUGCUUUAAUUUUGAUGGAGGAUUCAAUUGCACUUGUGUACCUGGAUAUAAAGGAGCACUUUGUGAAAUAGAUGUUGACGAAUGCACAGAGUGGACAAUAGAGCCGCCAUGUAAACAUGGCGGCCAAUGUAUCAAUAACAAAGGAUCCUUUAACUGUAACUGUACUUCAAACUGGACAGGAAGUGUUUGUCAAGAAGAUAUAAAUGAUUGCCGGAAAUUCCCAUGCGAGAACAAUGGAACAUGCUACAACUUUGAAGGAGGGUUCAAUUGUACUUGUGAGGCUGGAUUUACCGGAGCCCUUUGUGAAUUGGAUAUAAAUGAAUGCCUGUCAGACCCUUGUAAAAAUAACGGUUCAUGCCAGAACACGAUAGGAUCGUUCUAUUGUGAUUGUGUUAAUAACUGGUAUGGGGUAUUUUGUGAAAAAGACUUGUGUAACACGGAGCCAGUACAACUAGUAUUUGUUGUUGAUACGUCUUUUAGCACAUCAAGAAAAAUAUUUCAGCAACAAAAAGACUUCAUCUCUGAUAUCGUUUCAAGAGUAACUCUUGCAGAUAAUAAAUUCAAGAUAGCGGUUGCAUCAUAUGGGGGAAAUACAAACAUUGACAUAAAGUUUGAUUCCUACAAAAACAAUAAAACAUUACUUCUUGAACAAAUAUCUAAGCUUUCAUUCAUGAAUGGAACAACUGACAUUCACAAUGCAUCGUACACCGUCAAGAAUUUCCUGAAUGUCACUAAGGGAAGUAACCAGUUUGUGUUAUUUUUCACGGACGGGAUGCCAUCUAAUCUACAACUUGCUAUAAACGGAACAGGAGAGUUGCGGGCCCGUCUGCUAAAUUCAAGUUCCCAUAAUGCUUUGAUGUUUGUAUCGUUUGGCAAUGACGUCAGACAUGUUGGUUUUAAGAAAAUGUCGGGAGAUCCGAGAUAUAAGGAUGUGUUCAGUCACAUUUCAAUUAACCCAUUCUAUCAACUAGUAAGAAGGUUGAUGGACGAAAAAUGUGCAGCUUGCUAUUAUCAAGAGCUGGUGGAUAUUAUGUUUGUUCUUGAUAUAUCUUCAAUUAUACCACUUAGUGCGUUCUCUGGAAGUUUAAGCAUCAUCUUUUCAAUUUUAAAGCACCUAGAACCAUUUGUUGUGCUAGCACCGGACCAUACCCAACUAGGAGCAGUCUAUUUCUCAAACGAACCUCAUCUAUUAAUGCAGCUUAAUCAAUCUACGGAUUUUAAUAGUUUUGCUAGCAAACUUUUGAGCGUUUCUCAAGACAGCCAUGGGUUUCAGAACGUCAGUUCCAAUGUAGCAAAAGCUUUAGAAUUCACAAGAUCUCAUCUCCUGUCCCCAGAAACUGGUGCGCGAGAAUCGUCCAGAAAACUUAUCAUACAUAUUUACACUGGAUUCGAUUCUAAUGCUACAAAUUCUGCUGAAGUGGUAAAAGCGUUAACCUAUGAUCAAAUCACUGUUUUUUCGAUAGGAGUUGGAGACAAAUACACAUACGAUGAUGUCUUGUUAACCGCAUCCAGCUCUUUUCAUGCAUUUUUUGCUGAAUAUGAUGAAAGGAAAGCUAAAUGGGGACUGACGGAAACAGAAUUAGAAUUCAUUAAAAAUAUUGAUCAUUUUACAUGUACGAAAAGAAUAAAUAGUGCGUACAAUUACGUCCCAGAGGGAAACGUUCUGGUUAGUGAUGACAUCACAACAACAGUGGAGGUUAAAGAAGGAAUUCCAGUAGGAAACCUGAAUUUCAAUCAAAUGAGUACAAACGGGCUUAUUACAUUUCAAAAACCAGUUUAUGAUUAUGUACCCACAAACCUGACAACGUAUCCUCUGCUGGCUGCGUACUGGACUGACUUAUUUCCAGUAGGAAAUAACGGCGGUUAUAUGUACUAUAAGAUAUAUACAUCCGGAUCAACCCUCGAAGAAGCUAGUUCUGACCGGUUCAGUUUGGCUGGAAUUUGGUUUUACACUCUAGCAGCAGAUGUUAAUGACUGUGCUUCAGGACCUUGUUUGCACGGCGCUACAUGUAUAGAUUUGUAUGGUGGUUUUAGAUGUAACUGCCCAGCUCCCUUCACUGGAAAAAGAUGCGAGAAUGAUAUCAAUGAGUGUAUUGCACAGCCUUGUUAUUACGGUUCGUGUACCAACACCAUAGGAAGUUACUUCUGUACCUGUAACACUGGGUGGACCGGAAGUCACUGUAAAACAGAUAUAAAUGAGUGUUUAACUGGUGGUAUAUGUGGACAUGGUUCAUGCAGUAAUACAAAUGGUUCAUUUCACUGCAAUUGUAUCCCGGGGUGGAGUGGCCCUACCUGUGAUCAAGAUAUAGACGAGUGCUUAACAUCAUCACCAUGUUGCAAUGGAGGAAACUGCUUAAAUAACCCUGGAUCUUUUUCCUGUAACUGUGUCACAGGUUGGACCGGAUCAGUCUGCGAAAAAGAUGUUGAUGAAUGUACAAGCAGGACAUGUCAUCACGGAGAUUGCCAAAACAUUCCAGGAAGAUACUUAUGUUUGUGUCGUGAAGGUUUCACUGGCAGUCGCUGUGAUACAGAUAUCAACGAGUGCCAAUUAAUAGGGUGUAGGAACAAUGGAAGUUGUACAAACACCUAUGGUUCCUUUGUCUGCCAUUGCGACGAAUUUUACACAGGAAAAUAUUGUGAAGAAGAUAUAAAUGAAUGUAUAAGGAGACCUUCAAUUUGUAAAAACGGAGGAACAUGUGAGAAUCUCUGUGGGGAUUAUAUGUGUCAUUGUCCCCCGGGACGUUCCGGGAAAACUUGUGAUGCAGAUGUAAAUGAGUGUUUAGAAUGGACCUCAGAGCCACCAUGUAAACAUGGGGGCAACUGUACCAAUACAGAGGGGUCAUUCUACUGUAACUGUUCGUCAAACUGGACCGGAAGUGUUUGUCAGGAAGAUGUGAAUGAAUGCAGGGACUUUCCCUGUCAAAACAAUGGCGAGUGUUUUAAUUUCCAGGGAGGAUUUGGCUGUACUUGUAUGCCAGGGUUUACAGGCGCUCCUUGCGAACUAGACAUCAAUGAAUGCUUAACUGGGCCUUGCAAAAACAACGUUUCUUGUGUCAACACUUAUGGUUCGUAUAAAUGCCAUUGUGUGGAUAACUGGGGUGGAAAGCAUUGCGAAAUAGACUUGUGCAAGACAAAGCCAGCCCGGUUAGUGUUUGUUGUUGACACUUCUUUCAGUACCAGCCACAAAGUAUUUCAACAACAGAAGGACUUCAUCUCUAACGUCAUUUCAAGAUUUUCCCUCUCAAACGAAAAAUUCAAGGUAGCAGUAGCAUCAUACGGAAUGAAUACAAGCAUCGACAUAGGGUUCGAUUCUUAUGAAAACAAUAAAACAGUACUGCUGGAUCUCAUCUCUAAGGUUUCAUUUAUGAAUGGAAAAACUGAUAUUCAUAAUGCCUCAUACAAAGUGAGGGAUGUUUUGAAUGAAACCAAAGGGAGUAACCAGUUUGUAUUCUUUUUUACGGAUGGGAUGCCUACUGAUCUAAAACUAGCUAUAAAUGGAACAGGGGAACUGCGAGCACGUUUGCUUAACUCUACUUCCAAUAAUGCUUUGAUGUUCGUGGCUUUCGGUGAAGACAUUAGACAUGAGGGGCUGAGGAGAAUAUCAGGAGACCCACAUUAUAAUGAUGUUUUUACUCAUAUUUCUAUGGAUCCCAUGGAUUAUGUGAUGAAGAGACUGGUAGAUGAAAAAUGCACAGCAUGCUUUCAACAAUAUAUGGUGGAUCUUAUGUUUGUUAUUGACGUAUCUUCAAUUCUACCACAAGAAACAUUCUCCGGUAGUUUAUGAGUCAUUAACUCAAUUUUAGAGCGCCUGAAACCUGUAACUUCUUUGGGACAAAACAAAACUCAAAUAGGAGCGGUUUAUUUUUCAAACGAACCUCACCUGUUAAUGCAGUUGAACGAGACAUACGAUUUUGAUAGUAGUGCAAGCAAAAUUAUGGGGAUAGAACAAGACUGUACAAGCUAUCGGAAUUCUUCUACAAAUGUAGCAAGAGCUUUGGAAUUUACACGAACCCAUCUUUUGUCCCCAGAACACGGUGCCAGAAAUUCAUCUCGAAAACUUCUGAUCCAUAUCUACACUGGAUUCGAUGCUAAUGUUACGGAGUCUGUGAAGAUGACACAGUCAUUAACACGGGACAAAAUAACCAUCUUUUCAAUUGGGGUCGGAGGCAAGUACAAGGAUGAAGAGAUUUUGUCUACUGCUUCCAGUGCAUUUCAUGCUUAUUUUGCAGAAUAUAAAGAAAGUGAUAAAAGUUGGAGAUUAAAAGACACGGAAUUAAUUUUUAUUAGCAAGAUAUACUCAUUGCUUUGUACGAAGAGGGUAAAAACUUAAAUUAUUCUUUAAAAU